AUGCACGUAUCCUCUACCCGCGUUGGCUCCUCCCCGGGUUCAGUAAACUCUAGUUCUGCUAAAAUUAGCGUCUUUAAUUACAAGACCCCAUCGACCGCCAUCGAACACCUAAUGACCGUUGCAGCAACACAAAUGAGCUGUGGAAACCCUGAAGAAAACAUUAAAAAAGCCGAGUCUCUUGUGCGGAUUGCAAGUUCUCGGGGCGCUCAAGUCAUUCUUUUGCAAGAACUUUUCCAGUUUUCCUACUUUCCCAUUGAGCUCAAUGCUGGUAAUUUUCAAUUGGCUACAACACUGGAGGAAUCGGCGUUAGUACAGGGUAUGGCGUUGUUAGCCAAAGAACUACAGGUUGUCAUUCCGAUUAGUUUCUUUGAAAAAUACAGGAAUUCCUACUACAAUUCAUGUGCCAUCAUCAAUGCCGAUGGAAGUGUAUUGGGCAUUGCACGAAAAAUUCACAUUGGCGAUCGACUUGGGUACAAUGAGAAAUACUACUUUACACCAUCGGAUGACUCGUUUAAAGUGUGGGACACGUGCUAUGGCAAGAUUGGAGUGGCUAUUGGAUCGGAUCAGUGGUACCCCGAGGUGGCACGCAGUUUGGUGGUGAAGGGAGCCGAGCUGUUGCUGUAUCCUAGUGCCAUGGGUAGCAACCAAUAUGAUCCAAACUUUGACCCCCGCGACCAGUGGCAACGAGUGAUGCAGGGUCACGCAGCGGCUAAUAUGGUGCCUGUUGUAUGCUCCAAUCGCGUGGGAGCUGAGAUUGUAGACGGCAUUCAGGUCACAUUCGUCGGGUCCUCUUUCAUUACAGGCCAAACGGGCGAAAUGCUCAAAAUCGCCGAUCGUGAAUCCGAAGGUGUGCUCGUGGAAAGCUUUGACCUUGAAAAGUUUCAUGUGCGACGAGCUAGCUGGGGACUUAUUCGCGAUCGCCGACCCAACUUGUACGGAGCCCUCAUGACACGCGAUGGACCUCAGUAA